AUACACUACGACAUGUUUUCCCACAAAAAUCUGAUGUAGAAGGACUAAUAUAAGAAGGCCGCAUCAGUGCGCUCUCAGUAAAUUAGCGUCUGUCCUCGCGACAACACCUUACCAUAUUAAACAACGAAAGUUUUUGUGAAAACAAUGUAUGCCGGAGGUUCUUCUAAUCUGAGCAUCCAUGAAUUUUGGAAGCGUAAAACUUCAAAAUACAUGAAAACCAUCAAGUCCGAGCACAUGUUUAUCAACCAUACCUGCUGGUCCGAGGAAACCCCGGAAAAGAAGAAACAAAACCGAAGACACCGUCACAGGAGUAGUGUGAAAUCGAUCCAGAGCUUGGAGCCGUCUGUCAACGGGCCAGAUAGUUUCUACGCAAGCUAUGUCGACGGGUACGAUCUGCAAAGGAAGUUCAUAGUGGUCGAGACCCUUGCAUCCGAAAAGAAGUCUCGCAACUAUUGGAAACUAAUUUGGGAAACUAACUGUCGCGUAAUAGUAAGAUUCGAUGAGAAUGAUUGGAAAAACUGUCAAUAUUGGCUGCAUAAGAACAUUUCUGACUACACUGAAGGUGAAUUUAAUAUUUGGAAAAAGAAAACAAUCUCACAUAACUACUAUACGGAAAUAUUACUCACAGUUGCCAAUAAGAAAAACGGCAAAUCAAAACAAAUAACUCAUUAUGAGUAUCAUGAACACCCAGACGGUAAAUUGCCAAUCGAAUCAGCGCGGCUUAUAUUUUUCUUGAAAAUGGUCAACAACAGUCAGGAAAACUACAACGUAUCUGCAUCAUCAUCAAACAAACGUGCGCGUAAACCAAUAGUGAUUCAUAGUGUUGGACGUUAUGAAAGAGCGAUAUCGUUCUGUGCGUUAGACAUCUGUUUAAACCAACUGCGGGAAACGAAGUCAGUGUCAGUGCCUAGUGUAAUACUAAAAAUAAAAGGUCAAACGCAAUUAAAUUCUUUUAGCUUUGAGGAAUACCUCAUCAUUAACAAAAUUUUGUUGCAUAGUAAAUGGGCGUUAGAGUUCAAAACGGAAGAUGAUAACAAGAGCUCGUCCUUCAGAAGCCGGGUCAGGAAAUAUUGUUUGGUUUUUAAAAGAGCGUCUGUUUUCUGAACGUUUGACUAUAGGCUCAGGGUUGUCAUGUAUGAGUUUUACCUAUGUAUUAUUGAGAAGGUUAAUUGUAAGUUUAGAUUUCAG